GCGGCGCGCGCGGGGCUGGGCGCGGACGGGGCGCGGCCGGGCGGCGCCGGUGCGGUGUGAGGCUGAGGCCCAGGCGGCGGUGGCCCAGCAGAGUAACUGCCGCGGGUAGCCGUGUCGGCGUGUCCGACGUCCCUCCGUCUCCUCGCAAGGUUCUUCGACGCGGUUUUGGGUCUAGCGGACACAGCCCCUGGCCAUGGACUCCCAGAAAGAAGCUCUACAAAGGAUCAUUUCAACUCUGGCAAAUAAAAAUGAUGAAAUUCAGAACUUUAUUGAUACACUAAAUCACACACUAAAAGGAGUUCAGGAAAAUUCUUCUAACGUACUUUCAGAGUUAGAUGAAGAAUUUGAUAGUUUAUACUCCAUAUUGGAUGAGGUAAAAGAAAGUAUGAUUAACAGUAUCAAGCAGGAACAAGCUCGUAAAUCACAGGAGUUACAGAGUCAGCUUAGUCAAUGUAAUAAUGCCCUGGAGAACUCGGAAGAACUACUAGAAUUUGCAGCAAGGUCAUUAGAUAUAAAGGAACCUGAAGAAUUUUCAAAGGCUGCCAGACAGAUCAAGGAUAGAGUGACAAUGGCUUCAGCUUUUCGCCUUUCUUUGAAACCAAAGGUCAGUGACAACAUGACUCAUUUAAUGGUGGAUUUUUCUCAGGAAAGACAGAUACUGCAAACUUUGAAGUUUUUGCCAGUUCCCAAAGCUCCAGAGAUAGAUCCAGUAGAGUGUUUGGUGGCUGACAAUUCUGUAACAGUAGCUUGGAGAAUGCCAGAAGAAGAUAAUAAGAUUGAUCAUUUUAUACUGGAAUAUAGGAAAACUAAUUUUGAUGGACUUCCACGUGUAAAGGAUGAGCGAUGCUGGGAGAUAAUUGAUAAUAUUAAGGGUACUGAAUAUACACUAUCAGGCCUAAAGUUUGAUUCAAAGUAUAUGAAUUUCAGAGUGCGGGCUUGUAACAAGGCUGUGGCUGGAGAGUAUUCUGAUCCAGUGACUCUAGAGACCAAAGCACUUAACUUCAGUUUGGAUAACUCAUCCUCCCAUUUGAACCUGAGAGUUGAAGAUACCUGUGUAGAGUGGGAUCCUACUGGAGGAAAAGGUCAAGAAAGUAAAAUUAAAGGAAAAGAGAACAAGGGCAGUGCCCAUGUUACUUCACUGAAGAGACAUACAAGAAGUGGUACACCAUCCCCUAAACGGACAUCCACAGGCUCCAGGCCACCAGCAGUAAGAGGCAGCAGAGAUCGUUUUACUGGGGAAUCAUAUACAGUGCUGGGAGACACUGCUAUUGAAAGUGGACAACAUUAUUGGGAGGUCAAGGCCCAGAAGGAUUGUAAAUCCUACAGUGUGGGAGUAGCAUACAAGACUUUGGGGAAAUUUGACCAAUUAGGAAAGACAAACACUAGUUGGUGUAUCCAUGUCAACAACUGGCUACAAAACACAUUUGCAGCAAAGCAUAAUAAUAAAGUCAAAGCCUUGGAUGUUACUGUUCCUGAAAGAAUAGGUGUGUUUUGUGAUUUUGAUGGGGGUCAACUUUCUUUCUAUGAUGCAAACUCAAAACAGUUGUUGUAUUCCUUUAAGACAAAAUUUACUCAGCCAGUACUACCUGGUUUCAUGGUUUGGUGCGGUGGACUUUCUUUGAAUACUGGGAUGCAGGUUCCAAGUGCUGUGAGAACACUUCAGAAAAGUGAAAAUGGAAUGACUGGUUCGGCUAGCAGCCUAAACAAUAUUACUCAGUAAUGCCUGUUCAGAAUAUGUUUACCUUCCCUCACCCCUUUUUGAUUGGGUGGCCUUUUCUGUGCAGUUACUAAUCACAGAAAUUUAUGAGUGGUGGAAAUCAGGUUUGCUACAUUCUGCUUUAAGGUGUGGAAUCUGUUAGCAUCAAGCAUCUAGUACGAAGCAUUCACAGGAACCUGCUGAGCAAUAUCAGGGAAGCAAGCAGACAUCGAGCAAGAAGCUGACGUUUUGAAGAGUAAAUGGGAAAAAAAGGCAGUGUUUAAGUAGUUACGUAGAAACUCAUUUUUGUGUUUCUUGGAUUACUUUGGUUCUUCUAAUAUGUUUAGUUACAUAUGGUAGCCCUAGGACCUGAGGGAAAAACAUUUAAAUCUUGUCUUCUUUCCUCUGUACUUUCUCUUUUUUAAUGUCAUCACUACCUGCUAUUUAGUUCUUACACUGAAGCUUGAAAACUGUACAGUCCUCCAUGGUUUUCUAAAAAUGGAAAUACUUGGGGGUGCUAGAAAGGUUUUCUUACAACAGUUUAUUUUUCCCCUUUUAUAAACAAGCUGAGGUUUGCUAAAUUAUCCUCUUGUUUAUUGACUGGAUUGAAUAUCAUUUUCUCUUUUCCAAAUAUUGUGAUAUUUCUCUUAUGGUUAUAACUCAAAAAAGAGAGUGGAUAGGAAGAGUUUCUAGACAAAAUAGCUUAAAAUCACCCAAAUUUCAGUUUUUUACCUGCUGCAGAGGGAUAUUCUUUAUAUGUUACCCUGUUUAAUUAGACUUUUCUUUCCAUCGUUUUGGAUGAUGGGUAAGAUUUUUUAAAGCUUUAUAUUUUCUGAUUUUUUGUCUAGUUUAAUACUACCUUUAAUAGUUACCUUUGGUAAAUUCCCACUUGAAUUUGGUAAUAACUGAUUUUUAACAUUUCUAGGAAGAUGAAAGUUUAUUAAAGCUAUAUAGUAAGUAGAGAAAGCUACCUAUUCAAGUUUUAUCUACGAGGAAUAGGUUAUAGAGGGAGGUGCCUAAAACUAUUCUUUACUGAAGUCACUUAAAUCUGCUUUUUAAUAAGAUGGAAUGGUUUAAACAACUGUUUUGAAAAACUGCAAAUCUCUGACUUAUUUGGCACAUGAGUUUUUCAGACAUAACUAUUCAAACGUGGUUUUUCUCUCGAUCUUUUUGCUACAUUCAUUUGCUUUCUAAAGGGUUGUAAUUCUUCCAAAAAUCAACAUAGAGUAAUCUUACCAAACUUAGGGAAAAUGUGUUAAACAAAGAGUAACACCCAUGGUUAUUGAGCAGAGUAUUUAUAUUUUUAAAGUUGAUUAAAAUUUGUAACAAGUCCUUUGAGCCAAACUGAAAGUUGUAAUUGCAGUAUUUAAGAAUCCCUUGAGCAUUUUAAAGAGGUCUGGAUUUGUAUAUUCCUUAAUUUUUGAAACUUUUACUUUCUCAUGUUGACUUUCUUUCGUUCACAUUUUAAGUAUAUUGUGUUACGACAACCUCCCUAGAAGUGACCGUGGCUGCUUAUUACAUUUGAAUUGCUUUCUACAGGAAAGCCCUGUGGAAUAGGAACAACUCGAUCUCUCUUAAAGUUUACUGAUAGGAUGUUUUGUUCAUUGUAAAACAAAUCUAAAUGAGGAAUUUCAUUUGAACUGGGUAUUAUUUUUUCAGAGGACAUUCAUAUCGAUACCAUUGUCUGAUGACAUAUUUUAAAGACUAUAAUGAAGUUUAGAGAAUGACAUUGUCAAUAGAUAUUCUUUUGAUUCUCCAAAUAAAUAUAAUUUUGGUUUUUGUUUCUGCUAGA